AUGGCAACCGAUUUCGAGCGUGCUGUUUCUACAGGGAGCGCCAUCUCAUUUUCGAGAAGAGGUGAGAUUAUCGAAAUACCAUCGGAGGCGGAUGAGCACAGUACAGCGAGGAAGUUGGCUAUUUCGGCAGGGUACUUUCAACGUGCCGGUUCCGACAGCGCUGAUGUAAGUACUGUUGCGCGAGGAAGGUCAAAUCUGUCAGUGGUCAUAGUAUAUGGCUGGGCAAGGAAACUGGUUCGCAGCCGAUAUUUUGCUCACUUCAUGGUCGUCGUAGUCUUGCUUGAUGCGGUUUUGACUGCGAGUGACAUAGACGCACGCGCAGCUGGUGUUGAGACGCCCCCGGCUGUGUUGGCCGGUUCGUCCGUAUGCUUGGCUCUGUACACAGUGGAACUGCUUUUGCAGCUGGCCGUUCGAGGCCCACGAAUUUUCAAGGACUGGCUGACGAGACUGGACGUGUUGAUCAUUUUUUCGGGCUAUGCCGAUGUAUUUCUGGGUAUGCUGCUUCAUGCGGACGUCCUCAAUUCGAUUGGGAUUGUCAGAGUGCUGAGAUUGAGCCGGAUCGUGCGUUUGAUGCAGCUAAUGCGCAAGAACAGGUCGUUACGGGAAUUGCGCAAGCUUGUGACUAUGCUCGCGACGUGUUUUAAGACAUUACUUUGGUCCUUUUUGUUUCUGUCCUUGGUCAUGACUGGCUGGGCAAUGCUCAUAGUUGAGCUCAUCAACCCGUACGUCCUCCAGAUGCAGGCAUCUCAUCCUUUUGACAAUUGCGAAGAAUGCAAGCGGUCAACCACAUCAGUCAUGCACGCCAAUUUGAUGCUAUUCAAGACCGUAAUUGCCGGAGACAGUUGGGGCCUCAUCGCGGUGCCCAUGAUUGAAAGCCAUCCUGAGACUGCCAUCAUCUUUGUUGGGGCGUCCUUGACCCUAGUCUUCGGUGUGCUCAACUUGAUUGUGGCUGUAGUCGUUGAUACUUUCGCAGAGACUCGCGAGAACGAUGUUGUCAACUUGGCACAAGAGAUGGAAUUCAGCAUGGAGGAUGACCAGCAGAUCUUGAAACAAAUUUUCCGAAGGAUCGACACGAACAAUGAUGGCGAGCUCACUCUGGAAGAGUUGCUGAAUGGAGCUCGCACAGAUGCUGAGUUUCAGAGCAGGCUCCGAGUCAUGGAUAUUGACGAAGUGGAUCUGCAGCAAUUCUUCGACAUGAUCGACCUCGACGGCUCUGGCUCCAUCGAGGCCGACGAGUUUGUGAUCCCUUUGAGCCGCUGGGUGCACGAUUCCAAGACUGCACCGAGAUUUAUCAAGUACAACCUGAUGCGGGCCAUGGCUCAACAGGAAGAGCUGCUCAAGUACUCGCAUCAGCAUUUCGCAGCGAUUUCGGAGAAUCUCCAGGAGAUAAGAUGUGAGCUUCGAAAAGGCAGACGGCCGUUUGCUGCAGCCAAGUCACGGCGUUCUUCUGAUCCUCCAGGUGUCGUUUCAAUCUCA